AGCAAGAGAGUUUCACAUAAAUGACACAAAGAAGAAGAAGAAAGAUCUUGCACACGUUUGUCACAGUUUUGAUUUGUCUGUCACAUUUUUUGCUUUCAAUUCAAUUCUCUGUCCAAAACAGGAAAAAUAUUAAUAUAUUUCGCCAUUUCCAUACGGGUCGGACAAAAUUCUUGAAACCUGAAUUCUAUCAAUUUCACCUAAAAUUUAGCAUCUGCAGAUUAAUACUUUACAAUGGCCGAUGAUUGGGAGACAGCCGCUGAUGAGGAUGUGGUCAUACGUCCAAAAAUUGCAAAUGAUGUGAACAAGUGGGAGGGAGAGGAUGACGACGAGGAUGUAAAGGACAGUUGGGAAGACGAGGAGGAAAAAAAGGAUGAAGAAAAAUCCGAGACAAAAACACCAGUGCCAACAAAAACUAAACCAAACAAAGCAUUGAAAGCCAAAUUAUCCGAACAAGAACGUCUAGCAGAAGAAGCGGAAGAAAAACGGUUAGCUAACUUGACGCCUGAAGAGAAGUUGGCUGAGAAGUUACGGUUACAAAAAAUUCAGGAAGAAUCAGACCUCAAAAGUGCGCUGGACACAUUCGGUGUAUCAGGAAUUGGUAAUGGAUUAGAUGCAUUCAAUCCACAAACGAAAGAGGAGUUCAAGGAGUUUGGAGCGACGCUGAGUUGGAAAUUGUCACAUUACAAAGAAUCGCCACACUUCCCACAAUUUGUUGAGGAUCUUGUUCGUAGCAUAUGUGUUAAUUUGUCUGCAGCGGAUAUAAAAAAAGUGAAAAUGAAUGUUGAAACCUUGCAUACGGAGAAGCUCAAAAUGGAAAAGCAAAAUGCGAAAAAACCUGCUAACAAAGGAAAGAAUAAAGUCUCAUUGCGAACGGAAGCUGAUGAUCUUGAUGGCUAUCAGAAAUACGGAAACGACUACGCAGAGGAUUUUGAUGACUUCAUGUAAAUAAAAAUGGGAUAAGCGUGACAUACUUAUUGCAAAUAGAAAAUUUUUCUUCGCGUUUAAUUUUUUGUUAAAAAUUGAAAUAGAAUACAUACAAACAAAUAGAUCGCUACGAACAAUAUCUGAAAUUGUACACUUAAAAUUUUUGGAUAAGAAAUUUCAAAUAUGCUUGUGAAUUCAUUUUAUAUAAUUAUACUUUAUUAAAUAUGUAAAAAACAUA